AUGCUGAUUAAAGUCACCAUUCUGACAGACAGGGCGGCAUUGCCUGAGGCCGAUGACGGCGUGCUCAAGAUUGAAGAUGAAGAAUCGUUCCACGCCAACCCAUUCUACACCUGCGAGACGACUGAUCUGGGAAAGACGAUUGAGCAGUUUGCGAUUAACGAGCAGUGGCAGCCAGUACAGGAUGACAACGAUCCCCGGUUUCGCGUGUUUGACGAACCUCCAGGCACCCCACGUCCGCCAUGGUUGCCAGAAUUCAUGGUCUAUGCGCGUAAGCGGCGGUCUAACUACAAGAAGGCGGUCAGCGAAGGCAGAUGGAACCUCCGCUGCGAGAUCUAG